AUAAGAUUGUGAAACUUCUACAAAUCAUUCUAAUAAAAAGGAUGGAACAAAAUUUAUUGUCAACUUCUUUUAGUAAAUAAUAUCGUAUCAGUUACUGUGAUUUGGAAAAUAUUUUCAUAUGUUAAAGGUUAUGGAAGACUUACCUAAACAGUUGUGUCUUUCAUUGACAUAAUAUAUCCUAUAAUAUAAAAAAGGAAAUAAGUGCUGAAGUACAUAAGGAAACCAUGUGUGGUGUUAUAAGCUUCCUUUAAGUGGAUAACAAAAUCUUAAAAAAUGGAUGCGAAUAAAAUAAAACAGGAAUCAAGUAGUGUUCCAAAUGAUAUUGAGGAACAUGAGAAUUCUGAUUCAAUAGAGGUUGAUAAUUCACGUACAGUUCUAUUAAAAAUAGCAACACUGUAUGCUGAACGCCUUAUGAAUGAUAUUUGUCUUGUUGUUGAUGGUAUAGAAUAUCCUGCACAUCGCCUUAUAUUAUGUGCUUCAAGUGAUGUUUUCCAAGUAAUGUUAAUGAGUCCCCAGUGGAGCGAAUCACAAGAAAGUAGAGUAACACUUCAAGAGACACCACAAUGUGUACCUAUAUUUAGUGAAUUUUUGCGUUACUUUUAUACUGGUCAAAUAAGAAUUAAUUAUGGAGUUGUUCUACCAAUAUUAUCUUUGGCGGAUAAGUAUAAUGUUAAAGAUUUAAUAUCACUGUGUCUUGAUUAUAUGCAAAAUCAUAUUGCGUUAGCUGCCAUACAUGGCACUCUAGUAUCAUGGUUACAGUAUACUUCAAACUGUGGCCAUCACAAUAUUACUCAAGCGUGUCAGAAUUUUAUCAAAUGGAAUUUGGAGUUGGUAGCUAAGACUGCAGAUUUUGGAAAUUUUGAUCUGGAUAUUCUGGUAUCAUUAUUACAUCAAAGUAGUUUAGUAAUAAAGGAUGAAAUGACAUUAUACAAGUGCCUAGAAUCUUGGUUGGAUCAUCAGGCAAAUCGUUUAAGAACUCAGUUGUCACCUGAUGAAUUAGAAGCUACUCUAAAACAAUUGGUGAUAGCUGUAAUGACUCCUGUAAGAUUUCCAAUGAUGUCUCCUCGACAGUUAGCAGAAUUACUUUUAUCUCCUUUAACAAAAAAAUAUAAAGAAUUUUUCGUAGAACGUAUGUCGAUAGGAAUGUCAUUUCAUUCAGGGCAAUUAGAUAGAGUUAAAGAAGUAAGUUUAAAUGAAGAGGAUGGCGCUUUACUUUUUGAACCAAGACUAUACACAGUGGACACUUGUAGUUCACUGCUUACAAUUGAAAAUUUUCAUGGUCUGCCUUCUUAUCACACCAGAACUCUUGUAUUUUCGAGUCAUUCGUGUUUAGCAGAGUAUGCUGGUGAUCGUGCGUGUGAAUGGGUUGUUGAUAUAUACCCAAAGGGUGUAUGGUUUAAGAAGUUUUUUUUAAUAGUAUGGCAAGGAACAGUAGAAAUGCCUGAACACGUAAAGCGAUCGGUAAGAUUAUCGCUUACUUGUAAAGAACCUCCAGUAAAUAGUGAUGCUGAUAUGAGAGUGAAAAUAGGUGUAUUAAUUUAUGGAUUGCAAGAUGGUGUUGAACAUAUUACAAGAGUGACUGAAAUUAUUCAUAGAUUUAGUAAAAAAGAACGUGUUCUCAACUUGGAUGAUCUUUUGCCAUUUGAAGAACUAAAUCCACAACAGGGUUCUGUACAAGAAUAUACAUCUCCAUUUUUAGUAGGUUCAAAUAAAGAUAUGCUCAAAUUGCAUAUUGUUAUAUCACCGGCCAACUCGUUUAUAGGUCCUUUAAGCUGUGUUAAACAAAGUUUUCAAUUGCAAAACUUGUGUAAUUGAAACGAUUUGUGUAAAAAAAAUUCUGACGACAAAAUAUCUCUGUUAAAUUUAACGUGUACUUUUAGUGUUGUAAAUAUCUUAAAAGGUUCAUUCAUUUUUUUUCUCCAAGUAUGACAUUUUAAUUUUAGUUUAAAACAAAAUUUUGUAUCUAGAAUGUUACGUAUGAAAGAGACCAUGUAAUAAAAUAACAGAUUUAAAUAUGUUA